UUUGUCUUACAACUCGUAAUACACGUUUUUUACUUUGAAAAAUAUAUAUCUGCUGGUUAAUGAUCGAUUAAAUUCCUAACCUAUCGACACAAAAAGUAAAUCAAGAUUUAUAUUACUUAUUCCUACAGCUAGAUGUCACUAUUAAGUCGUCUAAUUCUUAUCUACUUCAAUUGCCUCUUGGUUAAUCUUACCGUAUCAAUUUUGACAAGAGUAAACUAUUAAACAAUAUUUCAGUAAUUUAAUUAACUCAACAUUUUUCAAAAAGAGAAAUAAUGGCAGAUCUGAAUGAUUUGGAAUUAGAAGCACUCAUGAAUGAUAUAACUAAGAAACCUUUUUAUAAUUCUAAUGAGAAAAGGGCUGAACAUAUGUCUAGUGAAGUCGUAGAUUCUAAUCCUUACAGUCGACUAAUGGCAUUAAAACGUAUGGGUAUUGUUAAUAAUUAUGAAAGUAUACGAGAAAAAACAGUUGCUAUCGUUGGAGUGGGAGGAGUUGGUAGUGUAGCUGCAGAGAUGUUAACAAGAUGUGGUAUAGGAAAGCUAAUUAUUUUUGAUUAUGACAAAGUGGAAUUAGCGAAUAUGAAUAGAUUAUUUUUUCAACCGAAUCAAGCAGGAUAUAAUAAGGUAGAUGCUGCUGCCAAAACUUUAAAAUUUAUUAAUCCUGAUGUAGAAAUUGAACCACAUUGUUAUAAUAUUACAACUGUAGAUAACUUUAAAGAGUUUAUGACUACAAUAAGUAAAUCAAGUCUAGAUGAAGGACCAGUGGAUUUGGUCUUAAGUUGCGUGGAUAAUUUUGAAGCACGUAUGGCAAUAAAUACUGCUUGCAAUGAACUCAAUCAAAUAUGGUUUGAAAGUGGUGUUUCAGAAAAUGCAGUCUCUGGGCAUAUUCAACUUCUUAUACCAGGAGAGACAGCUUGUUUCGCUUGUGCACCACCUUUGGUUGUUGCAUCAAACAUUGAUGAAAGAACUUUAAAGAAAGAUGGUGUAUGUGCUGCGUCCCUACCCACAACAAUGGCUAUAGUAGCAGGCUUUUUGGUACAGAAUGCUUUGAAAUAUUUACUUAAUUUUGGAGAUGUAACACGCUAUUUAGGUUAUAACGCAUUGCAAGAUUUUUUUCCAACAAUGACGUUAAAACCAAAUCCAAAUUGCGACGACAAUUAUUGCAGACAAAAACAAAAAGAAUAUCAAGCAAAACCAAAAGUUGAAAAGCCCGUUAAAAGAAAAAUGACCGAGACAAAACCUUUGCAUGAAGACAAUAAAUAUGGAAUCUCCGUAGUUGAGGAAUAUGAAGAAACAAAAGAAGAGAAAGAAGAAAAUGCUCAAGAAGCUUAUACCAUAGAAUCAACUAAUUCUCAAAAUGAAGUUGUAAAUACAUCAAAUUUAAGCUUGGAAGAACUUAUGCAACAAAUGAAAUCUAUAUAAUAUUUGUAGAUGCUGUAACAGUGUCUAUAAAAAUCCUACGAAAUGAAAUGUUAUAUACAUUCCGUGGUAAGAAAAAUAAUGAUUGAUAAAAAAAAAUAUUGGUUUCAUAUUUGCAUUGUUGAAGAAUAAAAUACUU